UAGAUAAUAUUCGAAGAAGUUGGAAAUUCAAUAUUAUUUUCUGAAAUAAAAAAGAGGAAAAAAAAGGAAGCGUUUUUAAGAUAAACGUUUGGGGGUUAUUUGGGAAUCGCAGGAGAACAUUGAAUGGCUGUGGCUACAGCUCCGUCGCUAAACCGCCAUUUCCUACGCCGUGUCUCGAACCCUUACUCGAAACGACGCCCAUGGCUACCACCAGGAGAUGCUACUCUUUUUAAUUCUCGCCGGAACUGGGAUUCUCAUCUCCUAGUUUUUGCUUCUUCUUCUUCUUCUCCGUCUCCGUCGUCUUCGCCUCCAUCUCCAAAUUCUCCGACGGAUGAUCUCACGGCUGAGUCGUGCGUCAAUACUGGUCUUGAUCUUUUUAAGAGAGGACGGGUCAAAGAUGCUCUUGUUCAGUUUGAGACAGCACUGAGUUUGAAUCCAAAUCCUAUCGAGUCACAAGCUGCUUACUAUAAUAAAGCAUGUUGUCAUGCUUACCGGGGCGAAGGAAAUAAAGCUGCUGAUUGUUUGAGAAUCGCUUUGAAAGAUUAUAAUCUAAAGUUUGCCACAAUUCUUGACGAUCCUGACUUAGCAUCCUUUCGUGCAUUACCCGAGUUUAAAGAGCUUCAAGAAGAGGCUAGGUUAGGCGGAGAAGAUAUUGGUGAUAGUUUUCGGAGAGAUCUAAAACUUAUCAGCGAAGUACGAGCACCAUUUCGUGGUGUUAGAAAAUUCUUUUAUUUUGCAUUUGCUGCAGCAGCAGGUAUCUCAACGUUCUUUACCGUACCAAGACUGAUUCAGGCAUUUAAAGGCGGCGAUGGUGCUCCAGAUCUUCUGGAAACUACAGGAAAUGCUGCAAUUAACAUUGGAGGUAUUGUUGUUCUGGUUUCAUUGUUCCUUUGGGAAAACAAGAAAGAGGAAGAACAAAUGGUUCAAAUAACUCGAGACGAAACUCUUUCCCGGCUGCCAUUACGUCUGUCAACCAACCGAGUUGUUGAACUUGUGCAGCUGCGGGAUACAGUUCGACCAGUUAUUCUGGCUGGGAAAAAAGAGACUGUAACAGCCGCAAUGCAAAAAGCGGAUAGGUUCAGAACCGAGCUCCUAAGAAGAGGUGUUCUCUUAGUUCCUGUGGUAUGGGGUGAACGUAAAACACCAGUAAUCGAAAAAAAAGGCUUUGGAGCUUCUUCAAAGGCAGCUACAUCUCUUCCUUCAAUUGGGGAAGAUUUUGAUACACGGGCUCAAUCGGUAGUAGCCCAAUCGAAGCUGAAAGGUGAAAUCAGGUUCAAGGCCGAGACUGUUUCGCCUGAUGAAUGGGAAAGGUGGAUAAGAGAUCAACAGAUAUCUGAGGGAGUUGAUCCAGGUGAUGACGUGUACAUUGUACUGCGGUUAGAUGGUCGAGUCCGCAGAUCGGGUAGAGGGAUGCCAGAUUGGGCAGAGAUAUCGAAGGAGUUGCCACCGAUGGAUGACGUGCUGAGCAAGUUAGAAAGAUGAAACUGUGAAGCUUUGUUACAUAUUGCAUCUUCAUAAAAGUAAAACUUUAGAAGAGACUAGUGAGAGAGAGAGAGAGAGCUCAUAGGAGAAGAAAAGGCCUGUAUUGUGUAUUUGUGUUCACAAGUCCAUGAGAUUGUUACUUGUAUGUGAAGAAAGUUUUUUAUAUAUUGAAAAAAAAAAAAAAACUAUUUUGUAUC